GUAAAAGCAAUAAAGAAGAGAAAAAAAAAGAGAGACUGACUACGCUCUCUCUCUCUCUGUAUCUCUCCUCACAUAUUCAACCGAUCCCACCCAAAAGCAAAAGCCCUCUGUCUGCUUUGCUUCUCUCACCUUUUCUCUCUCUACCCCUUGAGCAGUUCUCUCUCUAGAAUGGAAGGGACUGCUUCUUCUACUUCUUCCUCCUUAUCUCUUUUUGAUUUCUCACUCUCACCAAACCCAAUGAAACCCUCCUCCACCGCUUCCAUCUGAGAAGCAUUUUUAUAUUUAUUUUCCAUUUUUUUUGUUUUUUUUUUUUUUGAAAGAUGAAUGCUUUUGGGUUUUUGGUUUUUUCUGUGAAGCCCUGCUGAUUCAUCUUCUUCCGUCUCAAGAGAUCUGAAGCUUGAAUUUCUCCGCUGGUUCGGAAGGUUUCUGGGAACAUUUGAAUUAAUUCAAAACUAGUUCCUUAACCUCAUUUAAUCCAACCGUUCAACUUCAACUUCAACUUCAUUUUUGCCUGGGCAUCUCUGGUAUCGAACCCGAAAGAUGCAGAGACCUCCCCCGGAAGACUUUGCUUUGAAGGAGACCAAACCCCACCUCGGUGGGGGGAGGAUCUCCGGUGACAAGCUAACGAGCACGUAUGACCUCGUUGAGCAGAUGCAGUACCUCUAUGUCCGGGUUGUUAAGGCAAGGGACUUGCCCGCGAAAGAUGCUACUGGGAGCUGUGACCCUUAUGUCGAAGUUAAGCUUGGGAAUUACAAAGGCGGAACUCGACAUUUUGAGAAGAAGUCAAAUCCGGAGUGGAACCAAGUUUUCGCCUUCUCGAAAGAUCGUAUUCAGGCUACGGUUCUUGAGGUCAUUGUGAAGGACAAGGAUCUUAUGAAGGAUGAUUUCAUGGGCCGUGUUUCUUUUGAUCUGAACGAGGUUCCAAAACGUGUUCCUCCUGAUAGUCCUCUGGCACCACAGUGGUAUAGAUUGGAAGAUCAUAAGGGGAACAAGGCAAGGGGAGAGCUGAUGUUGGCUGUAUGGAUGGGCACCCAAGCUGAUGAAGCUUUUCCUGAAGCAUGGCAUUCUGAUGCUGCCACAAUUAGCGGAGCUGACAGUCUUGCAAAUAUCCGAUCAAAGGUGUAUCUCUCUCCUAAGCUUUGGUAUUUGAGGGUUAAUGUGAUUGAAGCUCAGGAUUUGAUGCUGAGUGAUAAGGGUCGGUAUCCUGAAGUUUAUGUGAAAGCUAUACUUGGAAAUCAAGCUUUGAAAACUAGGAUUUCUCCAAGCAGGAGCAUAAAUCCUAUGUGGAAUGAAGAUUUAAUGUUCGUAGCAUCAGAACCAUUUGAGGAGCCCUUGAUUUUGAGUGUGGAGGACAGAAUUGCACCUAACAAAGAUGAAGUUUUGGGGAGAUGUGCAAUUCCUUUGCAGUAUGUGCCCCGAAGGUAUGAUCAUAAACCUGUUAACACUAGCUGGCACCAUCUUGAAAAGCAUGUUAUUGUAGAAGGGGAAAAGAAGAAGGAAAUCAAGUUUGCAAGCAGGAUUCAUAUGAGGAUCUGUCUGGAAGGUGGUUACCAUGUCCUUGAUGAAUCAACAUACUAUAGUAGUGAUCUUCGACCGACAGCAAAACCAUUGUGGAAGUCCAGCAUUGGGAUCCUUGAAGUGGGAAUUCUGAAUGCUCAGGGGUUGAUGCCAAUGAAGACCAAAGACGGGAGGGGUACGACAGAUGCGUAUUGUGUAGCGAAAUAUGGGCAGAAAUGGGUUCGAACAAGAACCAUUAUUGAUAGCUUUAUGCCCAAGUGGAAUGAGCAGUACACAUGGGAAGUGUUUGAUCCUUGUACUGUCAUAACAAUUGGGGUGUUUGAUAACUGCCAUCUGCACGGGGGAGAAAAGGCUGGAGGGGCCAAGGAUGCAAGAAUUGGGAAGGUAAGGAUUCGGCUCUCCACCCUUGAGACUGAUCGGGUUUACACACACUCGUACCCGCUUUUAGUUCUGCACCCAAAUGGUGUAAAGAAGAUGGGUGAAAUUCAUAUGGCCGUGAGGUUCACUUGCUCUUCUCUGCUUAACAUGAUGCACAUGUACUCACAGCCCCUGCUGCCAAAAAUGCACUACAUUCAUCCAUUAACUGUAAGUCAGCUUGAUAGCUUGAGGCACCAGGCCACUCAGAUUGUGUCGAUGAGGCUGAGCCGUGCUGAGCCACCGUUGAGGAAAGAGGUGGUCGAAUAUAUGCUGGAUGUGCGCUCCCACAUGUGGAGUAUGAGAAGAAGCAAAGCUAACUUUUUCAGGAUUAUGAGUGUUUUGGGUGGGAUAAUUGCUGUUGGAAAAUGGUUUGAUCAGAUCUGCAACUGGAGAAACCCCAUUACUACCGUACUCAUUCACAUCCUCUUUAUUAUUCUGGUCAUGUACCCCGAGCUCAUAUUGCCUACAAUUUUUCUCUACCUCUUCUUGAUUGGAGUUUGGUACUAUAGAUGGAGGCCAAGGCACCCUCCUCACAUGGACACUCGUCUGUCUCAUGCAGAUUCUGCACAUCCCGAUGAACUUGAUGAAGAAUUUGAUACAUUCCCUACUUCGCGGCCUUCUGACAUAGUGAGGAUGAGAUAUGAUAGGUUGAGGAGUAUUGCAGGGAGAAUCCAGACAGUGGUUGGCGACUUGGCUACUCAAGGGGAGCGGCUGCAGUCUUUGCUGAGCUGGAGAGACCCGAGAGCUACCGCACUGUUUGUGCUUUUCUGUCUGAUUGCAGCGAUUGUUCUGUAUGUUACUCCGUUCCAGGUUGUGGCUCUUCUUGCUGGAUUUUAUGUGCUGAGACACCCAAGAUUCCGUCAUAAGCUUCCUUCUGUGCCGCUGAAUUUCUUCAGGAGGUUGCCGGCUAGAACCGACUGCAUGCUGUGAGGAAGACCGUUUUAUUUAUUUUGAGUUGCCUUUGAGUAGCAGGGCAUUCUACUUUCCGCCAUUUCGUGUUUAGUUAAUGAAGAAGAUGCGGUACCUCGUUGAGCUCUUCCGUUUUGAAUGCGUAGCUGCGACAAAGACCAUGGAGAACGUGAGGCUUCCGGUAUGCUGUAUUUAGACCUCGUCUUGAAGGUGGUAGUUUUUUUAAAAAAUUUCAGUUAAUUAUGCUGUCAAAUGGAAAAAAAACUUUAUCUAAGGUGACUAGUUUAUGUUCAUUUGUAAUUUUGUAGGCUGUGAUUGGAAUGCUGAACCGUUAUGUGCUUAAUUACAUCUUCAGUAUUUUUGUUAA